AUGUACAUGAUGCACACGACACGCCUCAACCCCGCCGAUACGUGCCACCUGAUGGCGGCAUACGGCGGCAUCUUUGCACAGAUCGACCGACGACGGCAUUGGGACGACCCGCUGCCGUUCGUAUUGGAAAAUGCAACAAAGGCCUUGGAGACACUGGGUCGGCAGCUGCUGGAGAACCGCUGGUGGGACGUCCGGAGCGAUCUUGUCGUGGAACGAUGGAACUACGGAGAUGAUGCAGCACAGAUGGGUGUCCGACAGAGCGCCGGUUGA